CAGUGUAUGUAAGCCUUCUGUCAACACUGAGACAAGUGUCAAGAGUGAAAAAGUGCUGUGCUUUUAGACUUUUUGAUUGUCACGUAUCGUAUCAAGUGUUUUUUUGAGAAAACAUAUUUUUGAGUUUGAUUUUGAGUAUUUGACUAAUAUUUCAUUCGAUCCCUGGAUAGCUUAGAAAACGAUCAAAAUGCUGGACGGUGAAUCCCAGGACAAUGGUUUUGUGGAAACAGAACAAAGACCUAAUGGUGGCGGCGAUGAAGGCGACGCACUGGGUAGCCAUGAAUCUUCGCAGUCGCGUCGUUAUGCCAAAAUGCCCGUGGAUAAAAACGCUCCUUAUUACAACAUGAAUCAUAAGUAUCGUGGUAUGGCGAUUAUUUUUAAUCACGAACACUUCGAUAUUCACAGCCUGAAGUCACGCACUGGCACUAACGUCGACAGUGACAAUCUUGCCAAAGUUCUCAAGGGUUUGGGCUUCCGCGUUACCGUGUUGACUAACUUAAAGUCUGAAGAAAUUUUGAAAUACGUCCAGCAAACAGCGGAUAUGGACCACUCAGACAGUGACUGCCUACUUAUUGCUGUGCUAACACAUGGAGAGCUGGGAAUGUUGUAUGCUAAAGAUACACAUUACAAGCCAGAAAACUUGUGGUAUUACUUCACUGGUGAUAAGUGUCCAACACUUGCCGGAAAGCCUAAGCUGUUUUUUAUUCAAGCUUGCCAGGGCGAUAAAUUGGAUGGUGGUGUAACUCUAAGCCGCACUGAGACAGAUGGCUCACCCUCUACUUCAUACAAAAUUCCUGUGCAUGCAGACUUUUUGAUUGUGUUCUCCACCGUGCCUGGAUACUACUCUUGGAGGAACACAACUCGUGGUUCUUGGUUUAUGCAAGCAUUGUGUGAAGAGUUACGCUAUGCAGGAACUGAAAGGGAUAUCUUAACACUGCUUACUUUUGUUUGUCAGAGAGUUGCACUUGAUUUUGAAUCGAACACUCCAGAUCUGAUGCCAAUGCACCAGCAGAAGCAGGUUCCUUGCAUCACAAGCAUGCUCACUCGUCUACUUGUAUUUGGUAAAAAGUAAUAAUGUUGGUUAAGUUCUUGAUCUUAUACCUAUGUUAGGUAUUCAAUUGUCUUGAUAGUUUAAGUUUUUUAUAAUAAAUAAAAUUUAGUGAACAAUU